AUGACUCUGACCUUGGCGCAAAAACAUCCCAUAGUCAUGAACUAUUUCCUCUCCUGGGUUGUGCUGGUUAUGGCCUUCUGCCCACUGCUGGCCCACCCCAUUACAGAAUCUGCUGAGAUACCUUACCCAGAACUUGUGUCAAUGAAGGACAGAGGAGUCGGACGUCUGGAUGAAAUCUCUCUCUCGGAACAUACUUUCACUCCACAGGAUGUUUCUGGAUUCCGAUACUCUGCUCUGAUACCUGGGGAGAUCAACAGAGAUGGUGUCAGAACUACAGGGCUGCUUCCGAAAGGGCUGAAAAGCGAGGUAUUGCUGGAGAAACAUUUGCAAAACCCUUUCAUUCACAUGCUGGGCAUCCACAAGCAAUUCAGAAAAAGAGGAGAGAAUUCAGAAUGUUUCUGGAAGUACUGUGUCUAA